CUCUAUGGCUAUUGCUACCAAGACAGCAAUGACAUCCCAGACACGCUUACAACCAUCACUGAACUAGGCUCACCUUUAGAGAUGAUUCAGCUUUUGCAGACUUCCUGGGAAGACAGAUUUCGAAUAUGUCUCAGCUUAGUUCGGCUUCUGCAUUAUUUGGCUCACUCCCCUCUCGGCUCUGUGACAUUACUGGAUUUUCGCCCUCGACAGUUUGUGAUCGUGGAUGGGGAACUGAAGGUGACAGAUCUGGACGAUGCCAGCAUCGAGGAGAGCUCUUGCACCAGUAACAGUGACUGCUUCAUGGAAUUCCCUGCAAGGAACUUCACCCUGCCCUGUUCGGUUGAGGGACGGUGUCAGAGUAUGAAUGAAAAGAGGAAUCUCUACAAUGCCUACAGGUUUUUUUUUACAUAUCUUCUUCCACACAGUGCUCCAUCCUCACUGAGACCAUUACUGGAUAAGAUAGUCAACGCAACAGGAGAACUUCACUGGGGAAUAGAUGAGACGGCUGCACAGCUAGAGAAAGUUUUGAAUCUGUAUAAGAGUGGAGAGUACCUACAGAACACCACCCGGGUGCCAAAAGCUG